ACCGAAAAAGAGGCGCCUUUGCUUCUUUCUUACUUUAUCACUCUCUUUUCCCUGGUUUAUCUCUUUGGUUUUUGUUGUCGUGACUUGUGAGUAUCAAUGGCUGGAUUGAAGGUGGUGUUUGUUGUCUUGGCCAUCAGUUUCAGCCUUGGAGGGAACUGGGUCGGGGCUCAAGUCCACCAUGUCGUCGGAGGAGAUCGUGGGUGGGAUCCUGCUAACUCCGAUCUCACUUCUUGGUCCUCCGGCAAAAGCUUUAUGGUCGGAGACACAAUCUGGUUUGCAUACUCUGCAGCGCAUGGGUUCAUAGCUGAAGUGAAAAGCAAGGAGGAGUUCGAUUCUUGUGAUGUAAGCAAUCCGAUCAGAAUGUUCAAAGAUGGGUUGGACAGCACCCCAAUGGACAAGGAAGGACUACGCUACUUCACAAGCAGUAACCCUGAGAGCUGCAAGAAUGGCCUCAAGUUGCACGUUCAAGUUGUGCCUCGUCAGGACCGUCCUCAAACUGUUAUGCCGGUAGUGGCGACAUCCGAGAUCUCUGCAUUGGCUGCAGCUGAAGCGCCAUCAACUCCUUCCGGUUCAGCUCAUCUCGGUUCAAGUCUCGUUUUGUUGUCAAUUGGGUUUGCUUUGCUAGGUUGUGUAAUGGGACUCUAGAGUGAAACAGCAAGUAGUUGUUGCUGUGUGUUUGGGAUGUAGAAGGACUUGGAGGCACAAGUUUUUCAAGAUACGAGAAAGAUGGUCUUAUCUUCCCCAUUUGUGUAACAUUUUGUUGAUCUUCAAGAACAAAUUUGAUCUUUGCAUUUGCUGU